ACGUGCAAGGCAGACGAAAAGACUUGUUAUAUUUUUAUAGUUUGAUAGGUUUAGUAACAUUAAAGUGAUUAAUAUUUUAGUGAAAUAUAUGAUAUCAAAAUGCAGGCGUCUUACAACAACGAUGUAAAGAUUUACAAUCUUAAUGCUGGCAAAAAUAUUCCAGACUUUCUACCUGCAGCAAAACGAAAGAAGCUAAUGAAAAGUGAUGCCAGUAUCCAGAAUCAAAUUAGGUUGAUUCAAGAGCUUGAUAUGCCAGAUGUUACGACUAACAUCAAAAUUUCAAAUGAUGAACGUUAUAUUUUUGCCUGUGGAACAUAUAAACCAAGAAUGAAAUGUUUUGAUGUACAUCAACUUAGUAUGAAAUUUGAAAGAUGUUUUGAUUCAGAAGUUGUUGCAUUUGAAGUACUAUCCGAUGAUUACACUAAGUUAGUAUUUUUACAAUGCGACCGGCACAUUGAGUUUCACGCUGCACAUGGUAAAUACUACAGAAUGCGAAUACCUAAGUUUGGAAGAGAUUUGAAAUUUCAUUAUCCCUCUGCUGAUUUGAUUGUUGUUGGAACUAGCAAUGAAAUAUAUAGGUUGAAUCUUGAAAGAGGACAGUUUUUACAGCCAUUCCUUUCUGAUAGUAAUUGCUGUAACAAAGUAGCCAUUAACCCAGAGCAUCAAUUAUUGUUAGUGGGUACCAAUGAUGGAAAAGUUGAAGCAUGGGAUCAUCGUGUAAAAAAAAAAGUUGGGACUCUAGAUUGUGGAUUUGGUUGCAUCAAAAAUAAUACAAACCUUGAUACUGUACCAUCAAUCACAGCUCUUAAUUGUCAAGGGGCUUUAACUGUUGGAGUUGGAACUGUCACUGGUCAAGUAUUAUUAUAUGAUAUUAGAUCAAAUAGUCCAUUUACUGUCAAAGAUCACAUGUAUGGGCUACCUAUAAGAAAUAUUGAAUUCCAUUAUAGUAUGGACUUAGUAUAUUCAAUGGACAGUUCCGUAAUUAAAAUAUGGAACAAAGAUAAUGGUAAAAUGUAUACAUCAAUAGAAGCAGAAGAUGCUUUCAAUGAUUUUUGUGUUUUCCCAAAUACUGGAAUGAUAUAUACAGCCAAUGAAAGUCCAAAAAUGUUGACUUAUUACAUUCCCAGUCUUGGUCCAGCUCCAAAAUGGUGUGGUAACCUUGAUAGUCAUAUUGAUGACUUUGAAUUUAAAAAUACUCAAACAUUAUAUGAGAACUAUAAAUUCGUGACGAAAGAAGAAUUAGAUGAAUUAGAUUUGCAAAAUACACCAUUCUUGCUUGAAAAGAAUUUGUUGAGAGCUCACAUGCAUGGAUACUUCAUGAAUCUCAAACUUUAUAAUAAAUUCAGAGCUUUGAAGAGACCAUUUGAAUUUGAAGAAUUCAAAAAGCAGAAGAUCUCAAGCAAGAUUCAAGAAGAAAGACCUAAACGAGUACAGGUCAAUCCAGAAGCUUCUCUAAGCUCUACAGUGGACGAUCGAUUCAAAUCUCUACUGAGUAAAGAUGAAUUCAAAAUUGACGUUAAUAGUGAGCUGUAUGCACUCACAAAUCCAGUUGUUGCUAGUUUGUCAAAACCCAAGCUCAUAGAGUACGACGGAAAUUCAUCGGAAGAUGAGAAGCCAUGGGGUAAAGAAGUCGGAAAAGCAAUGAAGGCGCGCAGGCAAGCCGCUUUUGAAGAUAGAAUAGAUAAAGAAACUGUUGAGCCCCAACAAACCAGAGGAAACAAAUCAAUGACUUUUGUACCUAGAAGUAACAAAUUUAAUAAAAGAAAGCGAUAAAAUUUAUA